UCCCAUCCGGGUGACCGCGGGCGCCCUCACUGAGGCUGGCUGGUUGCCCUUUUCCGUCAUGGCGAAUCCCGCUGCCAAUUUGAACGCGGUGCGGGAGACCAUGGAGGUUCUGUUUGAGAUAUCCCGAAUACUCAACACUGGCCUAGAUAUGGAGACGCUCUCCAUUUGCGUAAGGCUGUGUGAGCAAGGAAUAAACCCCGAGGCCCUGUCGGCGGUCAUUAAAGAGCUGCGCAAGGCUACAGAAGCGCUGAAGGCAACCGAAAACAUGGGAAGCUGAUUCGGCCGCAGAAGAACUUUGGACACAGAACACAUUCAAAACCGAAGGCCAACGCUUGAUUGGAAGAUUUGUCUGUUGCAGAUUUGGACCCUUGUACGUUGUGUGUGUCGGUUUCCAAACUUUCCCCCCCUUCCAAAUCUUCCCUAAAGAAGAUGGAUGAAGGCACACAAGGAAUUUCUGAAUGCUUAUUAACCGGAAAUCCUUCAAGCCUCCUUUUUUACGUUAGAUGCAGAGUUUUGUAAGUGCUGUUAAUUAUGUUUAUGUAUUCUGCAUCGUACUGUUAGCGGUCUUACAGAUCUACGGAAACGAACUUGUAUUAUGUUUUGCUUUUUGAAAACGUCCUGGUUUUACCUGCUGUGUUUUGGUUGAGGGAUUAGGUUAUUAUGAACUCUUCCCCCCCCCCCCAAUAAAAGAAAAAUUAGCACGAAAUGGAAAUCUUUGUACUGUAUAAAUCUUAGAUCAGGAGGCCAACAGGGGCAUCCCAAGCAGAGUUACAACCCUGCUAAACCCAUCAAUGUACUGGGGGGGGGGGGUUUAACUCUGUUUAGGAUUGCGCUGGAAGAUGGGGCAUUUCAAUUUUUUUGUGUGUUUGCCUCAUCAAUGCUUAAACUACAGACGAGCUCUCGGUUUAUGAAGCAACUGGUCAUAGCACGAAAGAGCUGUUAUUUCGGAGAAGUUUAGAAAAGUACAAUCUUCACUGUUCAUGCACGAUAUAUUGGAUAUAAUGUUUUUUGCUCUAAUGUUGCUUUCUGCUGUAUGAGGUACUCAGCUAAAAUGCAGUUUGGCUGCCAUUCAUUUUGGGGGUGGGGUGGGGAGUUAGAUGCUUCAUUUGGUUCUGCCGAAACCAGUGAGGGAUCGACUAGUUUGCGCCCUGUAUUACGUUCGGCACCCUCUCUCUGUUUUGUCGUUUCACACUAUACGAACGAUAAUAGAACAUGAUAGUCCCUUGAAAAGGUUAUCUGGCUUAGUUGGGGAUGAGGAAAUUAUGUUUUUGAUUCAUGGGGAGAGGCUGUGAUCCUGCGGUAUCGUUGUGGAAUGUUCAUUUAGCGACAGUGUGAAAUAUUGCACAUAAAUCAGUGGCAGAAAAUGUGUGAGAUGGUCUAGUUGUGGUCACCCAAAGAACAGGCUUUUAUAUGUUUUAGUGGUUAAAAAAUAUGCUUCCUUUAAGCAUCGGUUGUGCCCCUUGUGUUUUUUUUCCGUCCUUGUUGCUCGUGUAUUGGCUCCUCACCAUUCUGGUUCUUGAUAUUUAUAUUUAUGCAAUGAAUAAAGAGCA